GAGCCUGCAGAGCAGGAGUAGUGACACACACUCUCCUUCUCCCUCUCUCCCUCUCUCUCACACACACACACUCGGAGAGGCCAGUGAGUUGGGUUGAGUGCUGAAGAUGAGGCCGGUUCUGGUUCUGCUUGUGCUGGGGCUGAGUUUGGACCUGGUUGCCGCUCAACAGCAGGCCCUCAUGGACUACCUGGAGAGACGCUUACAAGCCAUAGAGGACCGCAUCUCUCUGUGGCACGAGCAGACGUCGCGCUAUGCGGCGGAGCUGCGUGAGGUGAAGGUGCAGAUGGCGGGUCAGCUGGAGGCGCUGGACAAGAGCCGUGAGUCGCUGCGGACGGAGCUGGACGCCGUGGCGCGCGUGGGCCGCGUGGAGCGCGAGAUGGACUACCUGGACACGCAGAAGGACUCGCAGCCCUGCGUGGACGUGGACGAGAGGCUGGUCGAGCAGCAGGUCAUCGUCGCGCAGCAGAAGACCAAGAUCAAGUACGCCAAGCUCUCAGGCUGUAAGGACGUGAUGGCGAGUGUGAAGGGGAUGAAGAUCCUGAAGCGGCUGGGCGACUCUACAGGUAUGUGGACUAAGGACAUGAGCACGGGCGCGGGGAAGGUGUACGUGUUCAACGGCUCGUCCUCCGACACACUCCUCCAGUUCGGCUCCGUGCGCGACUUUAGCUCCUCCCAGGGCACCGCCCUGGCCACGCCCCUCAAGCUCCCCGGCCAAUGGAGCGGCAGCGGCCACGCCGUCUACAGAGGACACGCCUACUACAUGGAGGACUCGUCAGAGCUGCGUCUGCUGAAGGUGUCUCUGUCCGACGGCUCUCUGAUUGACAGCUCUGUGCUGCCGCUGCCCGAUCUGGUCCCAGCGUACGCGCUGACGCCGGACACUAGCGUGGACUUGGCGGUGGACGAGGAGGGCCUGUGGGCGAUCUACGCCACGCGUGCCACCCAGCGCCACCUCAGCCUCGCCAAGCUGGACGCCGGCACCCUGGCACUGCUGCAGCUCUGGACCACGCCGUGCCCGCGCGACAACGCAGAAGCCGCCUUCGUGGUGUGUGGCGCGCUGCACGUGGUCUACAACAGCCGUCUGCCCGGCCGCUCGCGCGUCCAGUGUGUGUACGACGUGGGCGACCUGCAGCCGGCCGACGAGGCGCCGCUCGCCUACUUCCCCCGCCGCCAGGGGGCGCACUCGAGCAUCAAGUACAGCCCCCACGAGAAGCUGCUCUACGCAUGGGACCAGGGCUACCAGAUCCUCUACAAGCUCACCAUGAAGAACAAGCUGGAAGUGUAGCGCGCACACACACACACACAUGCACACACACACACACACACACACACACACUCACGCACGCACACACACACACACACACGCACACACACACACACAAGCUGCUCUACGCAUGGGACCAGGGCUACCAGAUCCUCUACAAGCUCACCAUGAAGAACAAGCUGGAAGUGUAGCGCGCACACACACACACACAUGCACACACACACACACACACACACACACACACACACACACACACACACACACACACACACACACACACACGCGUGCGCACACACACACACACACAUACACACACACACACACACACUCAUACACACACACACACACACUCACACACACUCACACACACACACACACACACACAGGGGUUAAAUUGGGAUUGGUUAUGUGGGGGGGCUCUGCCCCGUACCCGCCUCCGGCCUGCCCAAAUAUACAUUUGUAAAAUACCCUCUAAUUUGAUAACCAUACCAUAUUGCCCCCAUACCGUAUUGUUAUUGUUUAUUAUUGUGUAUAUUGUUUUGAAGAAAAUUCUGUGGGGGUCUGGGGGUGUUAUUUGCUACAUUCUAGUGCAUUUUAAUGGGUCGUUAGUUGACUUUACAGAGGUAGGUUGAGCCAUAUUUAAAAUCUUGUCACAAUGUUAAGGUGAAAAAUCAGCAUGUGGAGAAAUGUUCAAUAUGUUGGUGUAAAUAUUGAUCCCUCCACAAACAGACACACAUAAUUACUAGUAGCUAAAAAUGUUUUGUCAUUUGUGUACUGAUUUCAAGACUAUUACACUUAGUCAUAACUUUAA